AUGGCACACUUGUUUCAGACCGUACCUGCCUACAAGUCUCCCGUCGUCUGGCAACCUGGGACUCCAGGCUCAUCCUGGUCGCCUUCGUCCUCUGAGGCAUCUCUAGGUCCCUCGACUCCCGAAGCGCCCAACGCCACUCGUCCUCAUGUCACCUCACCCAAAGGCUCACCCCCACCCAAGCGCAUCAGAAGUCCGCGAGGCCGUGCCAAGGAGCCGGGGCACAUCCCUCGCCCCCCUAAUGCCUUCGUUCUGUACCGCGCUGAACAAGCCAGGCUGCUCAAAGAGCGGCCCAUCGAGAAUGACCAGCGGAAGAUCUCCGAGAUAGUGGGGGCCGCAUGGAAGAGCUUGGAUGAGGAAGGAAAGAAGCCCUGGAGGGACCACGCAGACUUCCUCAAGCGUAUGCACGCCUUGCAACACCCCAACUAUCGCUACAGGCCGGUUGCGCGCACGGAGAAGCCCCGAAAGCGCAACGUGAAGCGCAACGGCCCUCAGGACAAAGCCCGCUGCAAGGCGAUUGGGACGAUGCUAGGCAGAGGCCAUGCCAUUGACGAGAUAGAGAAGAUGUCUGCGCAGAUCGCUGAAAGUAUGCGCGGCGAAGCCGAGGCAGAGGCCUCGGUACAGAACCGCAGCGGCCUCCCUGAGAGUGACAACUUCACCACCACAGUCUUCGACUCCAAGACUUGGGCUGGAGGGGCCACCGAGCCAGCAUCUCCCUCCAGGCCUUGUCUUAGCCCCUUCAGAAGCCCCCUCAUGGCACCCGCCGUCGAGCAGCCCACAUCCUUGUUUGUGUACACUGCCGCCCCCGACGCCGGUCCAUUGAUUCCAGAGCUAACGACGAUCGAACUGCCUGCCCUUCUGCAGCUGCCAGUACAAGCCACUACCCCCGACAUAACCCCCGAAAUCCAGAUGCCAUCGCCCGGGUUCUCCAUGGAAAUCGAUUUGAACACGUCGAACCUGAUGCCAUUCGCAUCUCCCGACACUGUGGACAUGUGGAUGGCCUCGAUGGAAUCCGCAAGCUGUCUGCUGCCUCCCGCUUCGCUCCCCACUCCGCAAAUGGUCGACAACUUCUUCAACCCUAUCAGCAUCCCUACGGGCGAAUGGGACCUGCCGGAGUCCGUCACCACGACUGUUGAUCCCGAGCUUAUGUUCGAAAGCUUCCUCGGGCUUGGUCUGUCGCCGGCGUGGAUGGAACAGCAGACGGUAGACCAGGGGAUGGGCCAGUACUAUCCCGAUGUGUUCCCCGUGGCGCAGGAACCCGGCAUCGUCGCCCAACCCUCCGAUUUGGACGAGUACUUCGAUUUCGCUGCGAUCAUGCAACCUCAGUUCGACCUCACCGGUUUCUGA